CCAAUAUAUCUCGAGACUCUAAAGGUGAGGAACAUAUUCGUAGGCACCAACCUGUACCAAGAGAUCCUCACUCGUGCGAAUUGAACAAUAGCCUCAACAGGCAAUAUGCCCUGGAAUACUUGGCUUCAGAGAACAAAUCUCCUAAUGGUCCCAACUGCCAUGAAGAGGCGUAUUCCUUAGUUGGG